AUGACAUUCGCCGGCUUCGUGGUGGCGCUGGUGAUAGGGGCGAUCCCCGGAGCCCGGGGGCCAGGGCAGGUCUCCGCCAGCCUCCCGGCCGCCCGUCCCCCACAGCACCCGGCCGGCUGCCCCGCCGGGGGCUUCCCCGCGGCCCAGCGCCCCUGGGCACCGGCGGCGCCCCCUCUGCCGCGGCGGGGGUCGGCGGGCCGGGCUCCGCGGGGACGCCGAAGCUCCUGCGCCCUGCCCGGCGGUGGAGCCCGGCCCGGCUGCGACCCCGGCGCGGAGCGCGGCCGCAAUGACUGCGAGCGAGGUUCAGUGAGACUCCGGGGAGGCAAGAAUGAGUUUGAAGGCAGAGUGGAGGUUUAUGUGAAUGGAUUCUGGGGAACAAUCUGCGGGAGCCAUUGGGAUAAUAAUGACGCCACGGUUGUAUGUCGGCAGCUUGCACUUGGGGAAAAAGGCCCUGCCUUCACUCCGAUCCGGCUGGCUGGUGGGAGCAGUGCCCACGAAGGACGAGUGGAAGUGUACCAUGGUGGCCAGUGGGGCACAAUCUGUGAUGACCAGUGGGAUGAUGCAGAUGCUGAAGUUGUCUGUCGGCAGCUUGGCCUCGGGGGUGUUGCCAAGGCGUGGAGCCAGGCUUACUUUGGAGAAGGCUCUGGCCCCGUGCUGCUGGAUGAGGUGCAGUGCACGGGAAAUGAACUCUCCAUAGAACAGUGCCCAAAAAGCUCCUGGCGACAACACAACUGUGGCCACAAAGAAGACGCUGGAGUUUCCUGCACACCUCUCACAGAUGGUGCACUGCGGCUCGCAGGUGGGAAGGGCAGUCACGAGGGCCGCCUGCAGGUCUAUCACACAGGGCAGUGGGGCACGGUCUGUGACGAUGGCUGGACGGAGCUGAACACGCAGGUGGUUUGCUGGCAGCUGGGAUUUAAGUAUGGGAAAAGUGCAGGUAUGGAAAAAGAGAGCUACUCAGAGGGCAGCUCCGGGCCCAUCUGGCUGGAUGACGUGAUCUGCUCCGGGAAGGAGACAAACCUUCUGCAGUGCUCCCGGAGGGAGUGGGGCAAGCACGACUGCAGCCAUGAGGAGGAUGUCACACUCAUCUGCCACCCAGAAAACGACAGCUACAGGCGCUCACUUGGUCCUCCCAUCAGACUGAUGGAUGGUGAGAAUAAGAAGGAAGGACGUGUGGAGAUUUUUAUCAAUGGCCAGUGGGGCACAAUUUGUGAUGAUGGAUGGUCUGAUAAGGAUGCAGCUGUAGUCUGCCGACAGCUUGGCUACAAGGGUCCAGCUAGAGCAAGGACAAUGGCCUAUUUUGGUGAGGGCAAAGGCCCGAUACACGUGGAUAAUGUGAAGUGUACAGGACAUGAGAGAUCCUUGGCAGACUGCAUUAAGCAGGACAUUGGGACGCACAACUGCCGGCACAGCGAGGACGCGGGGGUCAUCUGUGACCACCUCAGCAAGAAAGUCCCUGGGAACAGCAAUAAAGAUUCUCUUGCUUCUGUUUGUGGGCUGAGGUUACUCCAUCGUCGACAAAAGCGAAUAAUUGGUGGGAAAAAUUCUUUACGGGGCGGCUGGCCGUGGCAGGUGGCACUGCGCCUGAAAUCCUCUCACGGCGACGGGAGACUCCUGUGUGGUGCUACUCUCAUCAGCAGCUGCUGGGUCCUCACUGCUGCACACUGCUUUAAAAGGUACGGCAACAACACUCGCAACUACGUCGUGCGGGUUGGAGACUACCACACGCUGGUGCUGGAGGAGUACGAGGAGGAAAUCGCAGUGCAGGAGAUUGUGGUGCACAAGGAGUACAGGCCUGACAGCAGCGACUACGACAUCGCCUUGGUGAGGCUGCACGGGCCCGAGGAACAGUGCGCAAGGUUCAGCACCCACGUCCUGCCUGCCUGCCUGCCACUGAGGAGGGAGCGGCCACAGAAAACUGCUCCCAACUGUUUCAUCACUGGAUGGGGUGACACAGGAAGGGCUUAUUCAAGAACAUUACAACAGGCUGCCAUCCCCUUACUUCCCAAGAGGGUGUGUGAAGAGCGCUACCAAAGGAGAUUCACAGGAAGAAUGCUGUGUGCUGGAAACGUGCAGGAACAGAAACGCGUUGACAGCUGUCAAGGAGACAGCGGUGGACCACUGAUGUGUGAGCGCCCAGGGGAAAGCUGGGUCGUGUACGGUGUGACCUCCUGGGGCUACGGCUGUGGGGUCAAAGAUUCCCCAGGUGUCUACACAAAAGUAUCAUCUUUCGUACCCUGGAUUAAAAGUGUGACCAAACUAUGAAUGUCCAUAAUGAAAACCAAACUUUGAGGCAGGACAAGUUGAACAGUGCAUGCAGUGCACAGUGGGGGCCCACAGUGGGUGGAAACAGACAUUUUCCUGAAUCGCGUGUUUUUGUUUUUAUUAAAUCCAAGCUGUGUACACACAACCCUUCCAGUUAGGGAUUACUGUCCUCCCUGUUCCAGAAGUCUAAAUAUUGCAUGAACAAAUUACCAUGUAUCUAAAGGGAAAAGUGAUAGCCAGCUACAGUAAUACUGGAACAGGACAGCCAGAGACUUCGCUGAGACUCACUGCCCACAAGACCGAGCUGUUUAUGCUCCAAGGUUCUCUACAAUUAAUUACAGAUCUCAACUAAUCUUCACUCUAGUUUAUUUAGUCUAUUAUUCCUAUGAUUUUACACUCAGUCCCCUAAAUGUGACUUCUGUUUCAGUAGCUUAUGAGACCAUUAGUAGCCUGAUUGCUGCUAAGUAAUUCUGAGUAUUGUACUAAAUGCAGGAAGGAAAAUAAUGGUCAAUGGUCACAUCCCCAGCUAGUUGCUAAAUAUCCUCACAGGUUAGUGUUGCUAAGUAUAUUCCCAAGUAAAACAGGCAGUACACUGACAGUUUCCCCACAAACGUCCUGCACAGCUGCAAGAGCAACCACUUACUUCAUGUGGUAAGUAGCAUGUGUCAUAUCUCUCAAACUCGCAGUUUUGAGUAUAUAUAGCAUUUUGGAGAGAUUCACUUUUUCUAUUUACCACUAGCUGUCAGUACAGUGUCAGACUAACAAACAUCCCUAUUCUUUCAUUGCUGGGCUUUCCUCAAGUAGUGCAAAGAACCUCGGUCAAUCCUACCAGAUGAAGUUAUACAUACAACAAAGAGAAUUGUUAAGUCAAAAUUUGCCUGAAAAGGUCUAAAAAGUCUUAAACUAUGUUUUCUAUAAAGUAAUAUUUAGACAACUCUCUCCUGCUUAGUUCCAACACUGGUUCAGACUGAUCUCGCAGGGAAGCUUAGUUUUCAGUGACUUCUAAAGCAUUGACACAUCUUGAUUUUGUUUAGUUCCUUUUCCAAAUACUGUUCCCCGUGCUGUGAAAUCUCUAACAACUUACUAUAAAAAUGCACUGAUAAGCAACUUAACGUCCUUUGAGAAAGGACCACCACACCGAACCUAGAACACAGGAGGUAAUCACACCCUAGUGCAACACUGAAAGGCAUCAUUCUGGCAAUCACCUGGGAAGUGACUCAGUACAGAGCAAGCCACGACAGCUCAGCACUACAAUCCCUGUCAAAGGCCAUGCUGAGUCCAAGUGUGAUGUACCUAUCACAUUACUAACCAUGCCCAUAAAAACACAACUGAAAGCUGUGGGCCAUGAAACACUCCAGUGUGACAAGUGUGGCAGAUGAGUGUCACCACAUAGUGAUUGUGCAAACUGUGACUACCAGUGAGCGUUUCCGUUUCCUAUUCCCCGAAGUGGCUAUGGCUGUGUUGUGUGGUGUUUUGUGAAAAUGUGGGGUGCUUGCAUUCAUGCUCUAAGUGGGCAAUCAUUCGUUUUUGUAUGGUUGUGUGUCUCUUUGGUAUUAUAAUAAAUAUCCAAGUUAACUCACUUGUAUACGAAGUGGCAAUGACAGUGCAGAAGCCCAAGAGAUUGAACAUUUGGCCCUUAAUAUCUCUGACCUCAAAUUUAAGUAUUCAAGGGUCAGGACUAAUUAUUGUAACUGGUGCUAAACUAGUACAUGAGGUGCUUUGAUAGAGUUUUCUGUAAUUCCAUACUAUUUGAAAUAGUGUGAAAUACUUUAAAACACCAUAAAUCACUGUACUGUGACCACCUACUGUUAGACCAACGUGAAACACCGUGCUAGUGAACUUUGAAACCAUUACGUUUUUACUUCCAUAUCGCCCUUAAUUACAGGGGAAGUCAGUCUCAUAAUCUAUCUGCACGUAACACCCAAGCUUUGCUGUACAGGACCCAUUGAGACUUGUGGUGAAGUAGGCUACAUAGUGCAAUACAUGCGUUGUAUACAAGGGAAAUUUUAAUAGUUGCACCACAGAAACAGGAUACUUCAGGGGGAGGGGGAGCUAAGCCUGCAUACUAAGUGUAGUAAACAUUUAGUACAGUACUUUUGUUAUUUUUGCUCUUUUAAUAGACAGCUUUGUUAGAUUUGAAAAUGUUCCACUACUGUUUCCAUGCUGAGCAUGCUUUUCAGUUUCUAACAGAAAAUGAAAUUGUAUCCACCUUAUGCAUUUCUCAUUUUUGUUGAGUGAGCCUGAUGGUGUACAUAUAUACAAUAAAAACUGCCACACUGACUACAAUUUCUGUAUGUUAAUUAAUACAUCAGCUGGGUAAACCUCAACUGGGUUUACCUGAGAAAGGGGGCCCUUGAAAGCAUCUUCGUCAAAGCACAUAAACUUAGGGCUCUUUUCUC